AUAAUGUUUGGAAAUGAUAGUUAUCAAGAUAAUAGCCCUUCACAGAUGGUUGGUUGGAGAACAAGAAUUACAAGGCACUUCACCUAGUGAGAAAACCAGGUGACAAAACUUUCAAUUAGGCCCCAAGCAUGUGGGACCCAUUCCCUUUACCAUCUAGCGCUUCAACAAACUGUACUUAUAGAAACCAGCUCUCUAGAUGCAUGCCAAAGCCUCUCAAAUCACAGCUCUGUUCUAUCAAUUUUCAUCUUCCUGAUCUGCCUUUUUUUUUUUUUUUUUUUUUGGGAGCAAUUUUUAGCUUCAAACCUCUCUCCGAUUCUUGUUGCCCAAAACUGGGUUGGUGUAUUUCAUUUCUUUGGCCACUUCUCUUUCUGGGUGAUUCAGCCAACCCGUCUGAUGGGCUUGUUGUUGAGUCUUUCAAGCUUUUCCAAAUAGAAUUUCUUUCAAGUAUUCCUCCUUUGGCUUCUUGAGUCUGCUUUGCAGGAAUUUCUUCCCAUUUAUACCCCAUAGCCACAUUAAAAAAUAGCCAUCCUGCAAAGAUCAACCUCUCCAAACCAUGGAUAAUGCAGCCAACAGUCUCCAUCUUCGGGACGCCUCAUUUUCUGCUUACCUCAGCACGGCAGAGGAGAACUUUGCAGUCAAGCUUGCUGAGUCGAUUCAGAGCCCCUAUCUGCCCCUUACUUCAACGCAAGAGGCUGCCUAUCCAGUAAACUUAGGAAGAACCAUGUCUGUGGAGGAGGGUGAGCUUAGGGUCUUUGGCGCUGAGAAAUACUUCAACAUGAAAAUGGAUGAUGGGAGGCGAAGGCUUACCACCAGUAGUUCAUUGACGCACAGGCAAAUAAAAGAAGACCGAGCUGAUCUGCACUGUACUAAACCAAAAAUCAGGCCAGGAACUCCGAGUGCAAGCUCUGAAGCAAGUUGGAACAGCCACGCUGCAUUAUUGCCAAGGCUCCUGAGAAACCCAUCUCCCAGUAAGCAAAGGAAGGCAAAUGCAAAGAUGAUUUUUGCUGGUUUUGGUUGCAAUGGAUCUUGUUCUGAUAAGAAAUCCGUCUAUGUUGAUACAAAUGCUGAGCCUGGAGGGGUUCAUGGAAAGGAGAUCAGAAAAAAAGUCGCUCAAAAUGAUCCGAAUCCACUCAUGCUGGACAGGACAAGGCUUUCCCAACCAGGGUUUCCAGUCAAAAACGAGAUUCAUAGCAGAAGUUUUGAUAAGGCCAGUAUUGGAUGCAAGAGAGAGGAGUAUUAUGGAUACCCAAUUAUAAAUUCCGGGCUGGAAAGUUUGACAGUAAAAGGAGAGUCAGUAGACAAGAGAGCAGAAGAGGAGGGGCGAAAGUCCCUAGAGGUGUUUGGCUCCCAUAUGCUGAAAAAGGGAGAUGUUGCAACCAACCUAGAGAGGAAACUCUCUGUGCUCACUUGGGAUGCCAUUCCAAAAGUCCAGACCGUUCCAACAACUUCUGAAGGCACGGGAAUAUAUGAAGACAAUGAGAGUGAUGCUAGUUCUGAUCUGUUUGAGAUAGAGAACCUGUCCGGCAGUGCCCACCCAUUGUUCAAUAGGCAAGCCUCAGAUGGCAUGUCCAGCUGUACCCGGUAUGAGCCAAGCGAGGCCAGCAUUGAGUGGAGUGUGGUCACAGCCAGUGCAGCUGAUUUCUCAGUGACUUCAGAUUUUGACGAGAAGAAACAGGUGGAGAGUACUGAAAAUUCAAGGGAAAUGAAUUUUGCAAGUACACCCACUAGACCAAGCAAAACCAAAUCCUCAGUGGGCAAGGAAGCACAACGAAGCCGUCCCACUGGACUGUUGGGAUGUAGGAGUGACAAAGCGGUGAGAGUUUCUGAGCCAGCAUAUCGAACAAAUGACAAGGUAAAGUCUGACCCGGGAUGGCAUCAUAGGUUGGAUUCCUCCAUGCCACUAGGGAAGUCCCAAGGCGAGAAUAAGGUGAAAGAUUUCGAGUUCCCACAGGCGCAACAUGCUUUUGCAUAACGAUCACCUCCUCAUUGUGCUCUGCAUAUGCCUCACUGUCCCUGUACACGCAACCAGGCAUGAGCAUAGGAGGUAGAUUCUAGAGUACCACGGUUGAAAUUUCUCCAUUUAAUAUAUGGUUCUACAGUUAAUUAUGUAAAAUUAUCCUAUAUAUGAGAGUGUUUCACUUACUAA